UAGGAAUUUGUAAUUUGAAUAUUGAUCAAAUAUGGCAUUGAUUCUUUACUCGUACGAUUUCAUCUGCUUCGCCAUCGUUGCAGCGGCCGUGGCGGCAUCCUUGUGGCUUCUGUUGGUUAAAGAAGGGUCCGACAAAGGCGUGGACGGUCCAACAGUCGAGAGCUUGUUGGUAGGUAGAGAGGAGAACGAGGUGGUCGGGUUCAGACAUGACGGGGGUGAAACUCAGGUGGGUUCGGCUCGGCUAUGGACCAGCUGCUGGAGAGGAAUGCAUCCUGUCUGGCUUCUGGCCACUCGUUCUGUUUCCUUUCUUGUCCUGACGGCUCUAUUGACGUGGGACGUCAUGGAAUGGGGCUCAAGCAUCUUCGUCUAUUACACCGAAUGGACGUUCGCAUUGGUCAUGAUCUACUUCGCGAUGGGGAUCAUUGCUUCUGCUUAUGGCUGCUUCAAGUCCUCUGAUUUCAACAUGGAGCAUCGACAAAGAUUAAGCAUUUGGGGGUACCUCAUGCAGGCGGUCUACCAGACAUGUGGUGGAGCCGUCGUGCUCACAGAUAUCGUGUUCUGGUUAGUCAUUGUCCCGUUUCUGUCGAACUCUCACCUCGGUCUUAACCUGCUGACGGGUUGCAUGCACAUUGCAAAUUUUGUCCUCCUUUUGUUAGACACUGCUCUCAACAACCUUCCGUUUCCUUGGUACCGGAUCGCCUAUUUCGUGCAGUGGAGCUGUCUCUACGUCGUCUUCCAAUGGAUCAUCCAUGCUUGCGGAUUCACCUGGUGGCCAUACCCAUUUCUCGAGCUUGAUAGGCCAUGGGCUCCAAUAUGGUACUUGUGCAUGACAAUCGUCCACAUCCCUUGCUAUGGAGCUUACGCAGCAAUCGUGAGGGCCAAGAACUCUAACCUUCCAAAUCUAUUCCCCAAUGCUUUUGUAAAAAGUUAUUGCUAAUACCCUAUUCUCAUAAUCAUCAAAUUCGAGUGGAACAAACAUCAACGAAUCAAGAAGCAAUUCAAACGGGCAUAAACUAGACGAAUCAUAAAGAGCAAAAAAACACAAAGGUAUCCAUAAAAACCUAGAAAUAUUCAGUACCAAGGGUGUUCAACAUUGGAUCCAUGACGAUGAAAUUCUUAAAAAAA